AUGUUUGGUUUUGGCAGAAUUGUUUCUAAUGCCGCUGUUUGUCUUCGUGAAAACUUAACGUUUCGCAGUGUGCAAGUACGAAACAUAAACAUUGGAGGUGGUCUUGGAGGUGAGAUUCCCGAUAGCAAACGUCUUCAGUAUGCUCUUCAGCAUAUCCACGGGAUUGGCCGUGCAAAAGCUCAUCACAUUGUGUGUGAGCUUGGAGUGGAGAACAAAUAUGUGAAGGACCUAAGCAAAAGAGAACUAUACUCUCUUCGUGAAUUGCUUGCCAAGUAUUUGAUUGGAAAUGAUUUGAAAAAGUUAGUUGAGAGAGAUGUGGGAAGGUUGGUUGGUAUUCAAUGCUACAGAGGGAUCAGGCACGCUGAUGGUUUACCCUGUCGUGGACAGCGAACUCAUACAAAUUCCCGCACUAGAAGGACUAUGCGUACUUACGGGGGUUCAAGAUAA